CACAUAUCUAUUCAUUUAACGUGUAACGAUGGCUACGUACGGAACAAAUAUUGAACGCGUCUCGGAGAACAAUUGUGCCGGAGCGAAAGAUCAGGCACGCUAUGAUUACUACCGGAUAUAUAAUGUCCAGUUUGACACUGAGGAGCAGAUCAAAUUGUUCCAGAAACUCGAGGAGCAAAGCGAUAGUCUCACUUUCAUUGGCCACGCACGCGAAAUCGGACAAAAGCUGUCAAUAUUGGUCGCAGCUCAUCGAGUUGCAGAUUUUUCGGACUUGCUGGAGACUUACAAGCUACAACAUCGAGUUUUGACAUAUAAUUUCCAGGAGAAAAUUGAUCGCAAUAUGCGGGAAGUUUUACCAGAGGAUGUCGAUGCCUCCGAAUACGACUGGCAGCACUUUUUCCACUUGAAAACGAUCUACAAUUGGAUGGAUCGCAUGGCUGCAAAGUAUCCUGAUCAGUUGACAGUAUUAAAUAUGGGCACCAGCACACAGGGGAAUGACAUUAAGGGCGUUAAAGUGGGCAACAAUGCUGCAAACAAAGCUAUUUUUAUUGAGAGCGGUAUCCAUGCACGGGAGUGGAUCGCCCCUGCCACAGCUACCUACAUAAUUAACGAGCUGUUGACCUCAAUGGAUGAGCGCGUUCAGAGCUUGGCCAUAAACUACAAUUGGUUCGUCUUUCCUUGUGUCAAUCCCGAUGGCUACAAAUAUACAUUUGAGCAUGAUCGCAUGUGGCGCAAAAAUCGACAGUUGUUUGGCACCUGCCGUGGCGUUGACUUAAAUCGCAACUAUCCCGAUCAUUGGAACUCGACGGGUUCCAGCAGUGAUCCUACUCGCUACGAUUUUGCUGGACCCAGCGCAGGAAGCGAAGUGGAGACGCAGCGUCUGAUUGAGUUCAUACGCGGCAAUGUUGAAAAGGAACAGAUCAGGACAUACAUUUCGCUGCACUCGUACUCACAGAUGCUCAUGUUCCCGUAUGGUUACACAAAGGAGCAUGUGUCCAACUAUGACGAUCUGCAGGAAUUUGGAAAAAAGGCAUCGGCCGCCAUCAAGGCUGAGAGUGGGCGAGACUACGUGAGUGGCAAUCUGUACGAGACCAUCUAUCCAUCAAGCGGUGGCAGUAUGGAUUGGGCUCAUGCCGAAGCUGGUAUACCCAUCGCUUACACAUUCGAACUACGUGGUCCACCCGACAGCCAAGAUCUAUUCAUUCUGCCCGCUGUGGAAAUACAGCCAACGGCUAGUGAAGCCCUAACAGCGAUUCGUACUAUAGUCGAGGCAGCGGCUGAGAAAGGCUACUACAAGUGAAUUCUUUUCCCGUGCUUUUAACAAUUAUAUAAUUCUAGAAGAACUUGACGUAUAACGAUAUAGCAUACUAAGUAAACCUUGUUUUUACAAGC